AUGGGCGGGGCUGAAGCGCCUCUCGUUCCCCCUCCAUGCGUAGCGGGGCAGCAGGGCUGGAGAGACCUCCGGGGAGCACAGUCGCCUGUCCAGCACGGAGACCCGCCUGGCCAAAGACACGCGCCUCACCCUUGCCAGGAUUGCCAAAUAUUCCUGAAAAAUAUACCUGCUAUUUAUGGCAUGUGGCUUGUAACUUUACUCCUGCUGUACUCUCUCCAAGAAGUACACAGUGAGGAUGUGGGCUCCACCAGGCUGUACUUUGUGAAUGCCUCCCUGCAGAGGGUAACCUACUCCAGCUCGGUGGGGGUGUCCCUGCCCUGUCCAGCAGGGGGCACCCCCAGUGCCAUACUGCGCUGGUACCUGGCCACCGGCGACGACAUCUACGACGUGCCCCACAUCCGGCACGUGCACGCCAAUGGCACGCUGCAACUGUACCCCUUCUCGCCCUCAGCCUACAACAGCUACAUCCACGACAACGACUACUUCUGCACCGCCGAAAACCAAGCCGGCAAGAUCCGCAGCCCCAACAUCCGCAUCAAAGCUGUUUUCAGGGAGCCCUACACUGUGCGGGUGGCGGACCAGCGCUCGAUGCGGGGCAACGUAGCUGUGUUCAAGUGCCUCAUCCCGGCUGCCGUGCAGGAGUACGUCAGCGUCGUGUCCUGGGAGAGAGACACUGUUUCCAUCGUACCAGGUAACAGGUUCUCGCUGACCUCCUUCGGGGCUCUUUACAUCUCUGACGUUCAGAAGGAGGACGCCCUCUCCACAUACCGGUGCAUCACCAAACACAAGUACAGCGGCGAGACACGCCAAAGCAAUGGAGCCAGGCUCUCUGUAAUGGACCCCAACGAGUCCUCACCCACCAUCCUGGACAGUUUCCAAGCAGGGGAGGUGCACGCAGGCCAGAGUAUCGAGCUCCCCUGUAUAGCGGGAGGGUACCCCACCCCAACUGUGCGUUGGCUGAAAGAUGGUCGCCCGCUGCCCUCGGAUGCCCGCUGGACACGGCGUUUGACGGGGCUGACCAUCAGUGACCUGAGGCAGGAGGACAGCGGCAGCUACGCAUGCGAGGUCACCAACAGUUUUGGCUCAAAGGAGGUGUCUGGACAGCUUCACGUUAUAGAUCCACUACGAGUGACUUUGUCCCCUAAGAAUCUGAAAACUGGCAUCAGCAGCACACUGUUCUUCACAUGCACUGUGGAGGGCUCUCCAGAAUACACCAUCAACUGGUACCGCAACACGGAGCCCAUCGCCCCCGACCAGCACAUCUCCAUCCAGGGACAACACAACGACACCUUGCAGAUCACUGCGGCACAGAAGUUCCACUCUGGGGCCUACCAGUGCUUCGCCUCCCGAAAGGGCCACACUGCUCAGGACUUUUCCAUUAUUCUGCUCGAGGAUGGUACUCCUCGUAUUGUGUCUUCCUUCAGCGAGCGGGUGGUGAACCCUGGCGAGCCUUUCUCCCUCAUGUGUGGCGCCAAGGGAGCCCCACCCCCCUCCAUCACCUGGACUCUGGACGACGAGCCCGUGGUGCGAGACUCCACCUACAAGACCAGCCAGUACACCCUGUCGGACGGCCUGACCGUGUCGCACGUCAACGUCAGCAGCCCGCUCAUUCGGGAUGGGGGAGUGUAUCGUUGCGUCGCACGCAACUCGGCCGGUAGCGCCGAGUACCAAGCGCGCAUAAACGUAAGAGGUCCACCCCGAAUCAGACCCAUGCGGGACAUCACCGCAGUGGCGGGCAGGAACACCUACAUAACGUGCCGCGUGAUUGGCUACCCGUAUUACUCCAUCAAGUGGCUGAAGGACGGCAUGCAGCUGCCUGAUAAUCAUCGUCAAGUGGUCUUUGAGAACGGCACCCUGAGGCUGACGGACGUGCAGAAGGGCGCGGAUGAGGGCACCUACUUGUGUAGCGUUCUGAUCCAGCCCCAGGUGUCAAUCAACCAGACUGUUCAUGUCAGUGUUAAAGUGCCGCCGCUCAUCCAGCCCUUCGAUAUCCCCUCUACCUCAGUGGGGAAGCUCAUGUACAUCGCCUGUGUGGUGUCAUCUGGGGACAUGCCCAUACGCAUCACCUGGCACAAAGACGGCCAGCUCAUCGUGCCAGGCUCCGCCUCUGGCGUCGCAAUAGAGACCAAAGAGUUCAUGAGCUCCCUGCAAAUAUCCAAGGUGACACUGAAGCACAACGGAAACUACACCUGCAUCGCCAGCAACGCCGCUGCCACCGUCAGCUGGGAACGACAGUUGAUUGUUACUGUGCCACCACGUUUUGUUGUGCAGCCCAAUAAUCAAGAUUGUAUCUACGGCAAAGCUGGAGUUCUCAACUGCUCUGUGGAGGGUUACCCACCUCCAAAAGUCAUGUGGAAACACGCUAAAGGUGUAGGAAACCCUCAGCAGUACCACCCAGUCCCUCUGACCGGCCGUAUCCAGAUCAUGUCAAACGGCUCUCUGCUCAUCCGACACGUGCUUGAGGACGACCGUGGGUACUACCUCUGUCAGGCCUCCAACGGAGUGGGCUCAGACAUCAGUAAGAGCAUGAUCCUCACCGUCAAGAUUCCUGCCAUGAUCACCAGCCACCCCAACACCACCAUGGCGAGGAAGGGGCAGACCAAGGAGCUGAACUGCACGGCGCGUGGCGAGCAGCCCAUCAUCAUCCGAUGGGAGAGGGGAGACACCGUCAUUGACGCGGAGAGAAACCCCCGUUACUCCAUAACCAUCAAUAAGAAGGGGGACGAAGUCAUCUCUACGCUUAAGCUGAACCCAGCCGAACGAGGAGAUUCUGUCUUUUUCUCCUGCCAUGCCAUUAACUCCUAUGGAGAGGGUCGAGGGCUCAUCCAACUCACUGUGCAAGAACCACCAGAUCCUCCUGAACUUGAAGUGAGGGAGGUGAAGGACAGGAGCAUGAACCUGCGCUGGAUUCAAAGGUUCGAUGGAAACAGCAUCAUCACAAGCUAUGACAUCGAGUACAAGAACAAGUCAGAUUCCUGGGAUCACAUGUACACAACCAGGAACAUCUCACCCACCAACAACCAGGCCAACAUUGUAGAGUUGCACCCAGCUUGUGUUUACAGCAUACGCAUGUACUCCUACAACAAGAUAGGCCGAAGCCUUCCGAGCAAAGAGCUCACAAUCAGUACUGAGGAAGCACCGCCUGACGGGCCACCGAUGGAGGUAAUCCUUACACCAAUGACAUCUCAGAGCAUACGGGUUACUUGGAGGGCUCCUAAGAAGGAGCUGCAGAACGGGGUGAUCAGAGGCUACCAGAUUGGUUACAGAGAGAACGGUCCAGGCAGCAACGGCCAGUACAGCAUAGUGGAGAUGAAAGCUACAGGAGACAGUGAAGUGUACACCUUGGACAACCUUAAGAAGUUUGCCCAGUACGGGGUCGUGGUCCAGGCCUUCAACAGAGCCGGGACCGGUCCAUCCAGUACUGAGAUCAACGCUACCACGUUGGAAGAUGUUCCCAGUGAGCCUCCGCAGAACGUGCGGGCCAUCUCUGUGACGUCGGACGAGGCGGUGAUUACAUGGGCAGAGCCUCCACGGCUGACGCUGCACGGUGUGCUGAAAGGCUACCGGGUUGUGUUUUGGUCCCUCUUCCCUGACGGAGGUGGGUGCUGUGGGGGCCAGGCCCAGUGGCCAAUGCAGAAAUGGGGAGAGAUGCAGAAUAUCACCACAACACGUGAACAGGUGGAGCUGCGAGGGCUCGAGAAGUUUACCAACUAUAGUGUUCAGGUGCUGGCCUACACACAAGCUGGAGACGGGGUCCGCAGCAACGUCCUGUAUAUCCAAACCCGCGAGGACCUUCCUGGUCCACCUGCUGGCAUCAAGGCAGUUCCCUCCUCUCCGAGUAGUGUGGUUGUUUCCUGGUUGCCUCCUCACAAACCAAACGGUGUUAUCCGCAAGUACACCAUCUACUGCUCCAGUCCAGGGUCUGGGCAGCCGGCACCCAGCGAGUACGAGGCCAACCCGGAGAUGCUCUUCUACCGUAUCACGCACCUCACCCGUGGUAAACAAUACCAGAUCUGGUCUGCCGCCGUGACAACUGCCGGCCGCGGCAACAUGAGCUCAAAGGUCACAGUGGAGCCUGCUGGGAAAGUCCCGGCUAAGAUCCUGUCCUUUGGGGGAACGGUGACCACACCCUGGAUGAAGGAAGUGCGUCUGCCCUGCAGCUCAGUGGGAGAACCCGCCCCCACAAUUAAAUGGACCAAAGACAGUGAGGACUCUGCCAUUCCAGUGACAGCUGACAGUCAACGGCAGAUCUUAUCCAACGGCACACUGGUGUUGCGUUCAGUCAAAGCGGAGGAUUCUGGGUACUACACCUGCACGGCCACUAACACUCUGGGCUUCGACACCAUCAUAGUCAAUCUGGUGGUGCAAGUUCCCCCUGAUCAGCCUCGUCUGACCGUCUCCACUACCUCCACCUCCUCAAUAACCCUCGCUUGGAUCCCCGGGGACAACGGAGGGAGCUCCAUCAGGGGAUUUGUGCUGCAGUAUUCUGUGGACAACACAGAGGAAUGGAGGGAUGUGUUCAUCAGCUCCAGCGAACGUUCCUUCAGGCUGGACAACCUGCGCUGUGGAACCUGGUACAAGGUCAAGUUGGCUGCCAAGAACAGCGUGGGCUCAGGGCGCAUCAGUGAGAUCAUUGAGGCUAAGACACACGGAAGAGAACCAGUGUUCAAUAAGGAUCAGCCGUUGCUCACCCACAUCAACUCCACUCAUGCAGGACUCAACCUGCAGGGCUGGACCAGCGGCGGCUGCCCCAUCACCGACAUGAUGCUGGACUUUAGGCCCAAAGGUACCUGGGCCUGGCAGAGCCUCAAGGCCAACUCCACCACUCAGCUCUUCCUCAGUGAGCUGCGUGAGGCCACCUGGUACGAGCUCAAAAUGAAGGCAUGCAACAGUGCUGGGUGUGGCAACCAGAGCUCCCAGUUUGCCACCACUGACUAUGACGGCAGUACAAUCCCUCCCAUUAAAUCAGCUCGUGGAGAAGGGGAUGAUGUGAAGAAGCUGUUCUCCAUCGGCUCUCCCGUCAUCCUCGUUACUCUGGGCGUCGCCCUACUCUUCAUUAUCCGCAAGAAACGCAAAGAGAAGAGGCUUAAACGUCUUAGAGAUGCUAAGAGCCUCGCUGAGAUGCUUAUCAGCAAGAACAAUCGCAGUAUAGACACUCCAGUGAAGGGCCCUCCUCAAGGACCCAGGCUCCACAUCGACAUCCCUCGUGUUCAGCUACUCAUUGAGGACAAGGAAGGCAUCAAACAGAUAGGGGAGGACAAGGCUGCGGUGCCGGUGACAGACACGGAGUUCAGCCAAUCAGUGAAUCCUCAGAACUUCUGUACAGGCGUGUCUCUGCACCACCAAGCCCUCAUCCAGAACUCAGGGCCUUUGAUUGACAUGUCAGACAUCCGCCCAGGCACAAACCCUGUGUCCAGGAAGAGUAUAAAAUCAGCCCACAGCUCCAGGAACAGAUACUCCAGCCAGUGGACACUAAGUCGACCGAGUCAGAGCCAGUCGACGGCCUCGGCACGAACUCUGACGUCCGACUGGCGGACGAUGGGCUCCCACGGCAUCACCGCCACGGAGAGUGACAGCUACAGCGCAAGCUUGUCGCAAGACACAGAUAAGGGUCGCAACAGCAUGGUGUCUACAGAGAGCGCCUCCUCCACUUAUGAGGAGCUGGCGAGGGCCUACGAGCACGCCAAGCUGGAGGAGCAUCUGCAGCACGCCAAAUUCACCAUUACAGAGUGUUUCAUCUCCGAUAGCUCAUCUGACCAGAUGACCACGGGUACCAACGACCCGGCAGACAGCAUGACCUCCCUCAGCACGCCGUCUGAACCGGGCAUCUGCCGCUUCACUGCCUCACCGCCCAAACCGCAGGACUAUGACCGCGGUAAAAAUGUGGCUGUGCCCAUUCCCCACCGCGCUAACAAAAGUGAAUUCUGCAACCUCCCCUUAUACAUGAAAACAGACCCAUUCUUCCGAAAGCAAGGGGAGCUGCAUGACCCGUGCCCAGCUGUGCCGCCGCGGGAAGCCUCAAUCCGCAGCCUGACGCAGCGGGCGUACCACACCCAGGGCCGUCACAAGACUCUAGACCCUACCAAGCAGCAGGUCCUGACGCUGGGCCAUUCUGGGCUGGGCAGCUUGGGUGCGAGCUCGGGCACUGCCACCUUGCCCCAGAGGACUCUCACCAUGCCCAGCUCCAACACUGCAGCGACAGCUUCCACUUCCAGCACGAGCAGCAACCCCACCAACUGUAACAAGGUGGGGGGCUCCAGAGACUCGCUGCUAGAGAGCAGCUCCUCCGCACUGGGGAGACUGCAGAAACAGAGCGCGGGGGCCUACUCCAAGUCAUACACACUGGUGUAG